AUGAGGGGGGAGGGAGAGGAGGAGAGAGGUGAGAAGAGGGGGCGGUUGUUGGGGACCAUGCUUUCCACCCCGGAUGUCAUAAUUACAAGGCGGAAUUCUGCAAACAUUCCUGAGGAGAUUUGACGGUCUAUUCAUCUUCCCCAGUGUCCCUGCCCCCUUCCCAACCGCCGGCCUCCCUGCCCCCUUCCCAACCGCCGGCCUCACGGAAAAAUACAACAUGCACACACACACACACACAUCUAGUAAACAUGUCGUAAACAAACAUCACAAAACAUCUACAACAGCAAUCUUCUAUCAUUGGGGUUUUCAUGCAUUUCUGACAUGAUGAUUUGACCAGACCGAUAACUCCUCAGCUUGUCAUGAAGGUACUAAUAAUAACACACUCAUGAAGCUACUUGUCCUCUCUUGAACCCGAUGCUGGCCACAAGGUAAUGAUCGCUAUGUGAAACCAUGAUGCUUUAUCAAUAAAGUUAUCAACAAGGUUUCGUACUAAAAUAUAUUUUAAUAUGUGGCAUAUUGUAUGACCAACGUAAUAAGAGUUUAAUAAUAACUCCACGAGCAGUUUUAUAUGACACUUUUUCAUAUUAACAUCCUAACAAUCCUGCUAUGUUUGUUGUAAACCAAGAUGCCAGUAUAGAAGCAACAUUGCCAGAACAAACCAAACCAGAAAUACCUUAAAUAAGGAGCGACCAAACAGUGAUAUCAUUGUUCACUAAUACAGAAGAACUACACUGUUCCAAAAUAGGUGUGAAUAUUGGCUUAUCAAUCCAAGAAAAAAUGUAAUAAAGAUAGGAUAUUUCAAAAUAUAACUGCUGAAAUAACUCUGACUGACUCGUUGUUGUAGUAAACUUAUCGGGCAGUGUUUAAUGUCGCUGGGAUAUGUGUGUGAGAUAUCCUUGAAUGUGUGUAUUAUUAUGAUUAUACUCAGGAUAUCGUAACUGAAAGAGUUCAAAAACAGCUUUAAUUUGUCAGCGCUUGUAGUAGGCAACAAGUCCAGCAGUUGUCCUAUAUGGGGCCUUUAUCCUGGGCUGCAUCUGGUCAAAGUAGUGCACUAUGUAGGGAAUAGGCUGCCAUUUGGGACCUAUACCUUAGUCUCACCACUUAGAGAAGGUCAGCUUGAGGAUCAAAGGACCACUCCCCCUUCCUCUCCCAAUCAAAUGGCGGGGGGGAGGUGGGGGGAGGAAGGAAGUGAGAAGUCUGUCUAAUGACGGUUGAACAAAAGGCCGGUCGGUAACCUGAUCCCUCCUGGCUCUCCCCUCUGACCACCACCCCUCACACACACACACACACAUACACGCCACACACACACACACACACAGGGAGAGAGACAUACACCCCUCAGUAACCCCCAGGCAAGCGGGUCAUUUAGAGGGCAGUGGAGGAAGGGACUCACAACAUAUAACAUCACCCUAUUAUCAUGACAACCCUACAUGUAUAUCAUGACAACCCUAUUAUCAAGACAACCCUAUUAUCAUGACAAUCCUAGAUGUAUAUCAUGACAAUCCUAUUACCAAGACAACCCUAUUAUCAUGACAACCCUACAUGUAUAUCAAGACAACCCUAUACAUCUAGGAUUGUCUUGAUAAUAGGGUUGUCAUGAUAAUAGGGUUGUCUUGAUAAUAGGGUUGUCAUGAUAUACAUGUAGGGUUGUCACGAUAUACAUGUAGGGUUGUCACGAUAUACAUGUUUGGUAUGACAGCUAAUGAACAUGGCAUGAGAGGACCACAUUACAACCAGGCCUCUUCUCAGUGAUACGGUAUGCCUCAUUCUAGGUUCUUCUAUCCAUGUUUAAUCAGUGUUUUCAUUAAUGUGUGUUGAAUAGAGACAAAGGCCUGCCUUUGUCUGACCCCCCCAUCCAACACGCUACGCUCCACAGCUCACAUCUACCUUUAGCCAGGACACAAACAUGGCUCCAUCCACUGGGAGAAAACUGUUAACACUCUAACACAACCUAAUAACACCCUGGCACCCUAUUCCCUAGUGCACUGAUUUUGGGCUCUGGUCAAGUAGUUUACUAUAAACUGAGUAUAGUAAACGACUCUUUCCAUGACAUAGACUGACCAGGUGAAUCCAGGUGAAAGCUAUGAUCCCUUAUUGUCAGUUGUUAAAUCAACUUCAAUCAAAAUAUUGAAGUGCCUUUGAACGGGGUAUGGUAGUAGAAGCCAGGCGCACCGGUUUUUGUCAAGAGCUGCAACGCUGCUGGGUUUUUCAUGCUCAACAGUUUCCCAUGUGUAUCAAGAAUGGUCCACCAACCAAAGGACAUCCAGCCAACUUAACACAACUGUUGAAAGCAUUUUAAUCAACAUGGAGCAGCAUCCCUUUGGGGGGGGGGGGUGCAACUCAGUAUUAGGAAGGUGUUCUUAAUGUUUGGUAUAUCAGUGUAUAGGCUAUAGGGUGCCAUUUGGACAUAUCCUUACUCUACGUGCACUUCUCUGAAUAUUGUCAAUUAUGCCCCUCUAUGUCCUGACUGAACCGGACCGGACUGGAUGGUGAAUGUGGAUCACGGGCUAGUGGGUCUACACACAAUCACCUGAUAAUUAAUAUGAAGUAAACACUGUCCAGCCAAGAGGAUAGAGUCUUAAUGAUCUGCGGACAUCUCCCUCUUUCCAUCCCUCCCUGCCCCUUUCCAUCCCUCUCCCUCCCUCUCCAUCCCUCUCUCUCCCUCACUGCCCCUUUCCAUCUCCCUCCCUCUCCCUCCCUCUCCAUCCCUCUCUCCCUCCCUGCCCCUUUCCAUCUCUCUCCCUCUCCCUCACUGCCCCUUUCCAUCUCCCUCCCUCUCCAUCCCUCUCUCUCCCUCACUGCCCCUUUCCAUCUCCCUCCCCCCCCAUCCCUCUCUCUCCCUCACUGCCCCUUUCCAUCUCCCUCCCUCUCAAUCCAUCUCUCUCCCUCACUGCCCCUUUCCAUCUCCCUCCCUCUCCAUCCCUCUCUCCCUCCUGCCCCUUUACAUCUCCCUCCCUCUCCAUCCAUCUCUCUCCCUCACUGCCCCUUUCCAUCUCCCUCCCUCUCCAUCCCUCUCUCCCUCCCUGCCCCUUUCCAUCUCUCUCUCUCUCUCUCUCUCCAUCCAUCUCUCCCUCCCUCUCCAUCCAUCUCUCUCCCUCUCUCUCCAUCCAUCUCUCUCCCUCCCUCUCCAUCCAUCUCCUCCCUCCCUGCCCCUUUCCAUCUCUCUCCUUCUCUCUCUCUCUCUCUCUCCAUCUCCUCCCUCUCCCUCUCUCUCUCUCUCUCUCCAUCCCUCUCUCCUUCUCUCUCUCUCCAUCCCUCUCUAUCACUCCACAAAGACCUCUUUAUCUCUAAUGAGGGGUAAAGUGUGUUCCAUUGUGUCGGGCCAAUCACCCUGUCCAUUGAGCAGCAUGAUAAAUAUAGCAUCCAAGACUCCAGUAGAAGUAAGCAUUACCGAGAACAGGGGCUGUCAUGAUGCAGUUGCCUCAUUGAUAUCCAAAACUUGGCUGACUUACUUACAUAAUAAAGGCCUUAAUGCCCAAUUCACCAAACUGAUCAUUAAUUGCUCUCCCUCCCUCCCAGUCUCCUCUUCUUCUUCUUUUGAAAGGCUAUGACACUCUGCUUCCUGCGCCACCCACAGAGACGCCAUGGCCUCAUGUCCCUCAUGUCUCACACUCAUUAAACUGGGCUUUUGUGUUGAAAGCUGCCCCUCUUUUGUCCCUUUUGUCCCCUCACGCCCACCGUACAGGGAGAGGGCGACCUCAUAUGUCUCAGAACACGGUGACAUCACCUCUAUCUCUCAUCGCCAUGGGGACAGCAGGAUGGAGCAGCCAAGGUGAGAGGUCACAUGGGUAAUCUCUGAGGGCCUUUUCACUGAAUAAUCACCCCUUUGUGCUGCUGGUCAGUAGUGGGAGAGAGAAACAUAGGGCUCUGACCCAUAGGGCUCUGACCCAUAGGGUUCUAACCCACAGGGCUCUGACCCAUAGGGUUCUGACCCAUAGGGUUCUGGUCAAAGGUAGUGCACUAUAUAGGGUACAGUGUGCCAUUUCAGACGCAGCCUGGAUCUAUGGGUGACCCAUAGGGCUCUGACCCAUAGGGCUCUGGUUAAAAGCAGUGAAUAAGGUGCCAUUUUGGACGUGGACCCACAGACAGUAAUGAGACUGUCCAUCUGCCAGGACUAUAGCAAUAUUAUUCACACUGUGCUAACGAUAUAAUAGCACAUUGUUUGAGGCCAAUAAAAACAAGGGUCUGAGAGGUAGAAGAGGUAGAGAUCUCACACCGUUUGAAGUGAGAAGCUGAUGCUGCCUCAGACUGCUGGCCCUGUAAAAGUAGUAUUUUAACGAGCCAGAUGAGUUUACAGACCUGGGGCGGCUUUAAAGAGAAGAUAAAUAAAUAAAUAAAUAGAUAGAGAGUGUGAGAGCAAGAGAGAGAGAGAGAGCGAGAGAGAGAGAGAGCGCGCCCUGGAGCUGUUGUCAGAAGACAGACUAGGGUCCCCCAGCCACAUUAUAAUUCACACGGGCACAAACAACCUUAGGGCCCAGCAUGAAAGGGUGGCCACAGCACUCAAGGGAGUGAUUGAAAAAGUCUCUUCCACUUUCCCCAACACACAAGUGGAUAUCUCCACCCUGCUACUACGAAAAUACAUUCACCUUGCCACCAUACAGCGGGUGAAUGCAAGCAUUUCCAGGGACUGUGCCUCAAAACCUACUGUCUACCUGGCCCACCACUCCACCCUGGACUUGAAUAGCCUUUACGACCAGGUCCACCUCUACAAGGCAGCAACCACAACUUUUGCCAGGACCCUGAAGGUCAUCACCCUUAAAUGGAGCCCCAGCACCUCACACAGGCGCAACAGAGCAACGGACAUCCCGCCCAGACCAGCGAGACACCCUCCCAGACCUGGAAGACCCCCUCCCGAAGGACCGGUACCGAGAUAACCCAUGCCAAGAGGACCUACACCCAGACCCCAACCAGCUGAGACGACCCCAAACAAACCCUGGUCACACCCUAUAUAGGCCUCCCCAGAUCAGACCUAUGCCCCUUCUGCCUCCCCUAUGCCCCCCGCCCCUGCAGCAAGGACCUCAACAUGACAGCCGCACAUAUGCCCAGGCCGUGAGCAGAGCAACAGGCCCAACCCCCACUAAUGCAACCCUCCCCCCCCCCCCAAGCACCAUCCUGUAACCUAAGAGGUAUGUAUCAGAUGCUCAACAUGCUCUGCUCACACCUACUGUAAUGGUCUGGGCCUAAACCACAUGAAAACAACACUAGACACUAUGGAACACAAAGCUUUUACUAUCUCAUCCUGUAAUAUAGGUCUGAGGUCUGAGGUCAUCUGCCUUUGGCCUAAAGAGCAGGAACCCAGACUUCAUCAAAGAAAUUGGAAAUACAGAUAUUGUCAUCCUAAAAGAAACAUGGUAUAGAGGAGACGGACCCACUGGUUGCCCUCUAGGUUACAAAGAGCUGGUAGUCCCAUCCACCAAACUACCAAGUGUGAAACAGGGAAGAGACUCAGGGGGUAUGCUAAUUUGACAUAGAGCAGACCUAACCCAAUCUAUUAAAUUAUGUCUAGAAAUUAAUAAGGAAAUUAUCUCAACAGAGAAAAAUGUCCUCAUAUGUGCAACCUAUAUCCACCCAAUAGAAUCCCCAUACUUUAACGAUGACAGCUUCUCCAUCCUAGAGGGGGAGAGCAACCAUUUCCAGGCCCAGGGGCAUGUACUAGUCUGUGGCGACCUAAAUGCCAGAACCGGACAAGAUCCUGACACUCUCAGCACACAGAGGGACAAACACCUACCUGGAGGUGACAGUAUUCCCUCCCAAAUAUGCCCCCCUAGACACAACUAUGACAAAACAACCAACAAAAAUGGGUCACAACUCCUGCAGCUCUGUCGCAUGCUGGGUCUGUACAUAGUCAAUGGUAGGCUUUGAGGAGACUCCUAUGGUAGGUACACCUACAGCUCAUCCCUUCAAUCAAUCAAAUGUAUUUAUUAAGCCCUUUUUACAUCAGCAGAUGUCACAAAGUGCUAUACAGAAACCCAGCCUAAAACCCCAAACAGCAAGCAAUACAGAUGUCCCUUGGCAGUAGUACUGUAGAUUAAUUUAUCACUGACCUCAACCCAAAGUCUCUCAGAGCGUUCACAGUCAGCCCACUGACACCCCUAUCAGAUCACAGCAAAAUCACAGUCUACCUGAACAGAGCAAAACUCAAUCAUGAGGCAUCAAAGCCAAAGGAACUGCACAAUAUUAAAAAACGCUAUAGAUGGAAGGAAAGUAUUGUAGAAACCUAACAAAAAACAAUUACGCAACAACAAAUUAAAUCCCUUUAAGACAACUUCCUGGACAAAACAUUUCACUGUAAUAGUGAAGGUGUAAACUUGGCAGUAGAAAGCCUAAACAGUAUAUUUGACCUUUCAGCUUCCCUAUCAAAUCUAAAAAUGUCAAGCAGACAACCUAAGAAAAUUAACAACAAUGACAAAUGGUUUGAUGAAGAAUGCAAAAACCUAAGAAAGAAAUUGAGAAACCUAUCCAACCAAAAACAUAGAGACCCAGAAAACCCAGAGUCUAUGCCUUCACUAUGGUGAAUCACUAAAACAAUACAAAACCUGCUCAAUGUAAUUGAAGAAUCCAUAGAAUCUUACCACUUUUGGGAAGAUUGGAACACACUAAACAAACAACAACAACAAAGAGCUAUCUAUCCAAAAUGGAGAUGUGUGGAUAAACCACUUCUCCAAUUUUUUUGGCUCUAUAACAAAGAACAAACAGCAAAAACAUAUACAUGAUCAAUUACAAAUCUUAGAAUCAGCUAUUAAAGACUUCGAAAACCAACUGGAUUCUCCAAUUACAUUGAAUGAACUACAGGACAAAAUACAAACUCUCCAACCCAAAAAGGCCUGUGGUGUUGAUGGUAUCCUACAUGAAAUGAUAAAAUAUACAGAACACAAAUUCUAAUUGGCUAUACAUAAACUCUUUAACAUCAUCAUCAGGUCUGGCAUCUUCCCCAAUAUUUGGAACCAAGGACUGAUAACCCCAAUCCACAAAAGUGGAGACAAAUAUGACCCCAAUAACUACCGUGGGAUAUGCGUCAACAGCAACCUUGGGAAAAUCCUCUGCAUUAUCAUUAACAGCAGACUCGUACAUUUCCUCAGUGAAAACAAUGUCCUGAGCAAAUGUCAAAUUGACUUUUUACCAAAUUACCGUACGACAGACCAUGUAUUCACCAUGCACACCCUAAUUGACAAACAAACAAACUAAAACAAAGGCAAAGUAUUCUCAUGCUUUGUUGACUUCAAAAAAGCUUUUGAAUCAAUUUGGCAAGAGGGUCUGCUAUACAAAUUGAUGGAAAGUGGUGUUGGGGGAAAAACAUACGACAUUAUAAAAACAAACAACAAGUGUGCAGUUAAAAUUGGCAAAAAAACACACACAUUUCUUUCCACAGGGCUGUGGGGUGAGACAGGGAUGCAGCUUAAGCCCCACCCUCUUCAACAUAUAUAUCAACGAAUUGGUGAGGGCACUAGAACAGUCUGCAGCAUCCGGCCUCACCAUACUAGAAUUUGAAGUCAAAUGUCUACUGUUUGCUGAUAAUCUGGUGCUUCUGUCCCCAACCAAUGAGGGCCUACAGCAGCACCUAGAUCUUCUGAUAAGACUCUGUUAGACCUGGGCCCUGACAGUAAAUCUCAGUAAGACAAAAAUAAUGGUGUUCCAAAAAAGAUCCAGUUGCCAGGACCACAAAUACAAAUUCCAUCUAGACACCGUUGCCCUAGAGCACCAAAAAAACUAUACAUACCUCGGCCUAAACAUCAGCACCAAAGGUAACUUCCACAAAGCUGUGAACGAUCUGCGAAACAAGGCAAGGGCCUUCUAUGCCAUCAAAAGGAACAUAACAUUUGAAAUACCAAUUAGGAUCUGGCUAAAUAUACUUGAAUCAGUUAUAGAACCCAUUGCACUUUAUGGUUGUGAGGUCUGGGGUCCGUUCACCAACCAAGAAUUCACAAAAUGGGACAAACACCAAAUUGAGACUCUGCAUACAGAAUUCUGCAAACAUAUCCUCCGUAUCACUCCAGUAUCCCUGCACAUUGUAAAUAUGGUACUGGAACUGACCCUAUAUAUAGUAUGCUGACCCCUAUACAUAUCUACCUCCAUCACUCCAGUAUCCCUGCACAUUGUAAAUAUGGUAUUGGAAAUGACCCUGUAUAUAGUCACCUUACGUCUAUACAUAUCUACCUCCAUCACUCCAAUAUCCCUGCACAUUGUAAAUAUGGUAUUGGAACUGACCUUGUAUAUAGUAUGCUGACCCCUAUACAUAUCUACCUCCAUCACUCCAGUAUCCCUGCAAAUUGUAAAUAUGGUACUGGAACUGACCCUGUACAUGCAGUGAGGGAAAAAAGUAUUUGAUCCCCUGCUGAUUUUGUACGUUUGCCCACUGACAAAGAAAUGAUCAGUCUAUAAUUUUAAUGGUAGGUUUAUUUGAACAGUGAGAGACAGAAUAACAACAUAAAAAUCCAGAAAAAAGCAUGUCAAAAAUGUUAUAAAUUGAUUUGCAUUUUAAUGAGGGAAAUAAGUAUUUGACCCCCUCUCAAUCAGAAAGAUUUCUGGCUCCCAGGUGUCUUUUAUACAGGUAACGAGCUGAGAUUAGGAGCACACUCUUAAAGGGAGUGCUCCUAAUCUCACCUUGUUACCUGUAUAAAAGACACCUGUCCACAGAAGCAAUCAAUCAGAUUCCAAACUCUCCACAAUGGCCAAGACCAAAGAGCUCUCCAAGGAUGUCAGGGACAAGAUUGUAGACCUACAUCAACUCAACUCGCCGUGUUUGGAGGAGGAGGAAUGCUGCCUAUGACCCCAAGAACACCAUCCCCACCGUCAAACAUGGAGGUGGAAACAUUAUGCUUUGGGGGUGUUUUUCUGCUAAGGGGACAGGACAACUUCACCACAUCAAAGGGACGAUGGACGGCGCCAUGUACUAUCAAAUCUUGGGUGAGAACCUCCUUCCCUCAGCCAGGGCAUUGAAAAUGGGCCGUGGAUGGGUAUUCCAGCAUGACAAUGACCCAAAACACACGGCCAAGGCAACAAAGGAGUGGCUCAAGAAGAAGCACAUGAAGGUCCUGGAGUGGCCUAGCCAGUCUCCAGACCUUAAUCUCAUAGAAAAUCUGUGGAGGGAGCUGAAGGUUCGAGUUGACUUGGAGAAGAUCUGCAAAGAGGAGUGGGACAAAAUCCCUCCUGAGAUGUGUGCAAACCUGGUGGCCAACUACAAGAAACGUCUGACCUCUGUGAUUGCCAACAAGGGUUUUGCCACCAAGUACUAAGUAAUGUUUUGCAGAGGGGUCAAAUACUUAUUUCCCUCAUUAAAAUGCAAAUCAAUUUAUAACAUUUUUGACAUGCGUUUUUCUGGAUUUUUUUGUUGUUAUUCUGUCUCUCAUUGUUCAAAUAAACCUACCAUUAAAAUUACAGACUGAUCAUGUCUUUGUCAGUGGGCAAACGUACAAAAUCAGCAGGGGAUCAAAUACUUUUUUCCCUCACUGUAGCUUUUUACUUUCUCCUGUUCUUCUUAUUUCUUAUAUCUCGUGUGUUUUUGUUCUAGCUUGUUAUUUUUAGUAUUACAUUGAUAUUGAUUACUACAUUGUUGGGUUUAGAGCUUGCCAGAGAGGCAUUUCACUGUACUUGUUCAUGUGACAUUAAAAGUCAAAACACACACGCACACCCUACCUACCUACCUACCUACACACACACACACACACACACACACACACACACACACACACACACACACACACACACACACACACACUGCUCCCCAUGGUGUGGUUUCAUGAUGGGGGUUUGACCCAUACCGCAUGGCUGUUUUCUGUUUCCAGACCCUUAUACAACACAUCACACACACACACACACACACACACACACACACACACACACACACAUCACACACACACACACACACACACCACCAGUCACAGCUCAUCAGCGUUACUGUACUCAAAGCAUUCUUCUCCACUUUCUGGACUGUGUCACUGUAAAGGGGCCACGUCAACAUGAGCGACAUACACACGAUAAAUUAGAUUUGUGUGCUAUUGAAAUGGCACAGAGACAGACAGACCACUCUCAGUGACACGAAACCAACAGCUAAACCGUGAGAGGCUUCAUGAAACCAACCGCUAAACCGUGAGAGGCUUCUGCUCUGCAUGUGAGAACAUUUAACGGUAACGCAAUGUGUUCCGGAUAAAAGGCGACGAUAACGUUGCAUGGUCUUAAGAUCUUUAAGUAGCUGUCACAGACAGCCACGCAGCCCUGCUCUGAACAUAGUGUACAUCAGUGGAGGGUACUGAGGGGAAGACGGCUCAUAAUAAUGUCUGGAAUGGCCUUGAUGGAAUGGCAUCAAACACAUGGAAUCCAUGUGUUUGAUGUAUUUGAUACCAUUCCACUGAUUCUGCUCCAGUCAUUACCACGAACCCGUCCUCCCCAAUUAAGGUGCUAAUACCUCCUGUGGUGUACAUGAUGCAUCUGGUGGCUGCAGGCAUGGCGAUCCACGCAACAAGAUUUCACGGGUUGACCAGUAUUCUACGUUUUUCCAGGGGGGGAUAAACAUCACAUUUUGACGGUGAGGUUUCAGCAUUAAUUCCGAAUAGUUAAGGUAAGGGUUAAGGUUUGGGAUAGGGUAAAACAUUUUAAUUAAUAAAUGAGUGCCUGGCACUGGGAUUGAACAUGCAACGCUUGGAGCCAGAGCUCGCGGCUUAUGCCCAUCCUCCAUCCAUAUCCACAACGCCUUAGCAAGCCGCAAGCCUACUAGAUGGUAAUAGAGAGCAACAGUAUUGGUGUCUUUUUGUAGGUUUGUUGGACAAAGCCUAUGGGGAAAUUAACAGCGAAAAUAAGGUCUGUGGUAACCACAGGCUUAGGAGAUCUUAUACGUUUUGUUCUAUGAGAUAAUCUUCAUCAGCUAACGCCACUUUUUGUGAAUUUCAAAGCAUUUAUGUUAUAAAAAAAGCACAUAAAGGCUUCAUAAUUCAUAAAGGUCAUGAUAACUGACUGAUAUUAUCUCAUAGAACAAAACGUAUAAUCUCCUAAACCUGUGUUUAACCUCAGACCUUAUUUUUGGCGUUAAUCCCAAACCUUUCCCAAUUCGUUUUCCCCAUAGGAAUGGCUGAACGAACCAGAGGUAACUCAUUACGGGUUUUAGGACUACAAUCUGGCGAGCUCUAUAGCGCUCACCGUUGCCCCUAGUGGCCGGUUUUGAAGGCAUCUCCCGACGUCCUGGGGACCUGGAUGAACGUCGAAUAUCGCCUUGGAUCUUGAGUGACCACACUGAUCCACCAGCAUUGAGCUUUUCCUGACUUCAGUGUGCAUCUUGACAUAGUUUAGUUUAGUUAGAGCAUAGAUCCUGUAUGUGAUUCAACUGUUAAAUUGAGUGUUUUAUUAAAAUGUAGGCUACUCAUAAUGUCUGAGGGAAAUAAAAGGCACUCUAUUCAUGGCAUGUUCCAUUAUUUGGAAGGAUGGCUUGUGACAACAGUCUGCAUUUCCUGUCUCUCAGAAAGUUUAUUUCUUUCUUCAGGAGUUACUUUGAGAGGCAUCACUGAACGUUAUUUUGAUUGUAAAUUGUGAUGUAUUGUAGUUUAUCCAUAGACAAUGUUAGCGUUUGGAUCUGUAAUUAAUUCAUCCUCUGUGAUGUAUUUUUCCUCCCUACCUUUAUUAUUAUUAUUACUUCAAUCACACAGGACGUUUCCUACCUCUGAGCUCCUUAAUUAUCGACUGUUCAUCCUAUACUCUGGAAAUGAGUAAUUGCCUGGGAUGGGCAUUCAGUUGGAAGUAAUUAAAUGAAGAUGCAUUGAUUGGAAAGUUUUUUGAGAAACAGACUCCUUAAAAGAAGUUGUCAAUAUAGGUAUUAAAGUUUAUGUAUAAAGUAACCCUAAGCCUACCACUAUGGAUUAUCAGACAAACAGAAUGCUGACAGCAAGACUUGGCCAGAGAAGGCCCCAUAAAGGCACAUAACUGAAAGCUGAUGGUGAUACAAAUUCUAAACAGGGAGCCGACAUCCAACAACACGGACAAUGAAAGAGAGAUGAGCUGAGAAUAUAAUCAUUCUCCCAUUCAUACAGUGACUACUUCACAACCUCCAAUCUACUCAUCUCAACAAUUAAUAUUGAAAUAUAAUCAUUCUCCUAUUGAUACAGAGACCACUUGACAACAUGAUGUGUCUAGAAGUGGGCUGAAGGGGGUCAAGGUCUCUGAGAAAUCAGGUUGGCUUCUUUCUCCACUGAGGUAGUGACUCAGCAUUGGAAAACAGUGGAUUUCAUUCAAAGAGCUAACUGGGAAGCCAUGGCUGAGAAUGUGCUAUCAGCUGGAUAUAGGCCUAUGUUAACUAGCAUCAUUACAUAAUCACUUGUUUCAUUCAACACACUCAAAACCAAUGUAUCCUCUCAUAUUAUACAUGUAGCUUCCUCGGUGACCCACUGGGCACAUACUGGUUGAAUCGUUGUUUUCACGUCAUUUCAAUUAAAUUACGUUGAACCAAUGUUGAAUAUACGUUGAAUUGACGUCUGUGCCCAGUGGGUAUAUGGGUCUGACUCGUGCCCAUGCAUUGGGUUUAAAACUACAAAGCGUUAUGUCACUGCAGAACAUAAUAAUUACAACGUAGGGUACAUAUAUGUAAUCAUUGUGAAUAGGCCUAAUGAAUGACACAUUCUGGACAAACACGCACUGUCUUUCCUGAGACAUAUUUUGGGAUCUGAGAGGCGCUAAAUACAUGGCUGGUUGUAGCCUACCAUCCGCGCGCCAGUCUGCUCCCGCGCGCGGUGACACGCACCAUUUCCAACCUGCGGUGUCCUGCUCUGCGCUGAUUGGCCUAGGCCGAAGGUGUAUUCGCUGAUUGGCCUAAACCGAGGGUGUGUUCGCAGCAUGGGCAGGGUUUGGACAGACGGAUUCAGAAGGAGAUUCCAAACUGUGGUGGGUUCAGCCAACCUACAGGCAGCGGGCCGGGCGCGGAGUGCAACACUACAUAUACAACACCUACACUGUUUCCAAAAGUGAUCACUCACGCACCCCUCCCCCUUUGCAAUUUGAGCUACCGUUCCUUGAGAGGUGGAUAAUUUUAUGUCACUGUUAAGGUGUUUCAUAAUGUUAGGUUAUAUCCUAUGUAACGUUUCAUAGGCUACAGCAGGACAUUUUUUGUUUUCAGAAAGAAAGAAUAAGCACACUGUCGUUUAAAGCGGUGAUGUAGGCUAAAGGAGAGUUGGCUAGUCUGCUUAUUCUUAAUUAUUCCGUUCAUAAAUGUAUCAUAAUGACACCUCUCCGAUUCCCGUUGCUCAUCUCAUUCCGUUCCGAUUCGUGUGGCUGCGGAGUAAAACCUUACCACUGCUCUCUCUGUCUUUGAGUCUCUCCGGGCUAUUUUCAGCUUUAAGGACUAUUUCUCAGCGGCUCUAAAUUCCUCGAGAUGGCCAGGCUGCAUCUCGUUCCGUUUAUUCCACAGAUGUGGUCAAUUUCGCACGAUCCAUCCCGCUCGCUGCACUGCAGGCCAAUUUAAAACGAUAAAUAAUCCAACCAGACGGGAAUAUUUCCGAGUCGUGGCAUGAUCAUGAUCAUCAUAACUUUGGUUAACAAUUACAAGACGAUGCUCUCUCCCACGAGGGAUGAGAUGCGGUAUAAUCUAAAUGUGCACGUGAUUGCAUGGCCAGACUAAAUAUAGGAGCUUAUCACUCAUAAAACGUUGCUUGACACAAUUGUCAAAUAAAACAGAUAGCACGCUGUGCAAUAUAAAUAUCAAUUACAUGAUUAUUAUAGUUGGGGCUAGUCAAAGUGGUAGGCCGAGUAGCCUAUAGGCUAGUGGCAGUAGCCUAUCACUGCAGCCUAUAUAAAAUCACAUCUCUGACUCUGCCAAGUGGUCUGGAGCAUGUUGGCAUAUAGCUGGCAGCUGGUAUGCAACUUUGGACCAACAUUCCUCAUGGUUAAAUCCAUUUCAAUUCAAUCACUUUUUGAAAGCAUCCCUUUUAAUUUAAACAAAACUUUCCAUUCAUGUUUGUCCAUGGAAGAAGUGUUCAGAAAGUAACGUUUUGGACCUGAAUACCAAAACAUUCAGGAGACAAAGGUGCUCAAAGUUGACCCAUUUUGCAUAUCCCACCAUGAAACAUCUAUGUCUUCAUUACUGGAAAAGAUAAACGGUGAGUUUGAUAUAAUUUAAAAGCUUACAAACAGUGUUGUCAAACCAUUUUAUGAUUGUAAAAAAAAAACGUUUUAUUUUUAUAGUCAUUUUUAAACCUUUAACAUCUAUUAUCUAAAAACGCAUAAACUCCCCUUUAAAAAAAUAUGUAUUUGCAUAUGUUGUAGUUUAGACCCUAUUUCCCAUAAUCGGAGGUUUUUGUGUUGUGCUGGCCAUUGGUUGAGACACAACAUCCUCUUGAAUACGGGGUGGGUGUCAUUUCAAUCAUAGAAAUAUAAUUCAUAGAAUGGACCUAUCCCAUCAGACCACUGCAAUUUAGCUGGUACACCAUUGAAAUGUAAAUGUAAUUGAAUGUUUAACUUCUAAUUACUACCUCAAAGAUGACUGCCAGUCCACCCACCAUCGAAUAUCAACUUAAAUGGUAAUGAAUGUUCUAUUAUAUAUUUCAAUGAUUUCAAUAGGUUUCCUAUGGAGGAUUGACAGUAGAAUUUAAAACAAUGAUAUUCCCAUUCAAGUCAACAUUCUCUGAUGUGUGGACCUCCAACCAUAUUUGUGGUACCAUUUGAAAGUUGAUAUUUCAAAUGAAUUCCCAUUUUAGUACAUUUAUCAGCCAAAACAUGACACCCCCACUGUAUUCAAGAGCAUGAUGUGUCUCAACCGAUGGCGGGCACAACACAAAAACCUCAGAUGAUGUAAAAUUGUGUCUAAACUACAACAUGUGCGAAUAUGGAAAAAAAUCGGAGUUUAUGUAUUUAAUUGACGUUAAAGGUUAAAAAUGUCAAUUUUUAUUUUAAAAAAUCUUUUUUUUUCUCCAGAAAUCAUUACAUUUACAUUUACGUCAUUUAGCAGACACUCUUAUCCAGAGCGACUUACAAAUUGGUGCAUUCACCUUAUAGCCAGUGGGACAACCACUUUACAAUGUUAUUUUAUUUUUUAUUUUAAAUAAGGUAUUUCUUUUUUUUUACUAUUUAACUAUUAUUUCUUUUUUAUUUUAUUUUUUAUUUUUUUUAUUUUUUUUAUUUGAGGGGGGGGUAGAAGGAUUACUUUAUCCUAUCCCAGGUAUUCCUUAAAGAGGUCAUCAAAUAGUUUGACAACCCUGUUUGUAAGCUUUUAAAUUAGAUGUAUAUUUUCCAGUGAUAAAGACAUGGAUGUCUCAUGGUAUGGUGGGGUAUGCAAAAUGGGUCAAUUUUGAGCACCUUUAUCUUUGGCAUUGUAUUCAGGUCCAAAAAGUCACUUUCUGAGCAUUACUACAAUGGGCAGUCAAAAAGUCCCUAGCCCUAACCCUAACACAAUUGAUUCCCAUUCAAAAUCCUAUUUUCCUUAACCCCUAACCCUAACCUUAACCCUAACCCUAACUCAUAACCCUAACCUUUAACCACUAAACCUAAUUCUAACCCUAACACUAAUUCUAACCUUAACUCUAAACCCCCUAGAAAUAGCCUUUUUCUUGUGGGAACUAGCAAAAUGCCCCCAGUUGGUCAAAUGUUUGUUUGUUUACUAUUCUUGUGGGGACUUCUGGUCCUAGUAUAGUUUCAAGUUUGAAUGUCACAUGCACAAGUACAGUGAAAUGUCUUACUUGCAAACUCAAAACCCAACAACGCAAUAAUCAAUAACAAUGUAUUACUAGAAAAAAGCACAUGAUAAAUAAGAAUAAGAAAUACACAAUAAAGUAAGUAAGUAAGCAUACUAUAUACAGGAAAUAUUCAAAAAGUCAGUUCCAAUACUAUAUUUACAUGUGCAGGGAUACUGGAGUGAUGGAGGUAGAUAUGUAUAUGGGUAAGGUGCAGUGGCGGCUCCUGAAAAAAUUCUCAGGAGGGGCAAUUUUUCUGAUGAUUUAGGUGACCUACACACAUUUUAAAAAAGAUAUGUCCAGCAACAACAUGAAGACAGGGGCAGCAUAUAAGUCAAUACCAGAAGCAUUUAUUGACUGAUCUGGGGAGAUGGAUUCCAGUUUCUGUGACAGAUUAUAAAUAAUCUCUGAUGCCUUUGUUAUAUUAGCUUUUGGUUGAAUGUACUGUCGUAGUAAAUAUAUAAUGUUAUAGCUUGGUCUGACUAAAAUCUUGUGCAUGACCCAUUUUGUGUUGGGCGUUUGUUUUCAAUCAAUGCUGUUCCUAUCCUAUAACAAUGGACAAAAGAGUCCUAUCUUGUCAGCCUUGUCAGCAGGUGGCCAAGGACAACACCCACGCCAUAGGUCUCUCAGUUCUUCCAACUCACGAGUUCUUGCUCUGAGGACACACACACACACACACACACACACACACACACACACACACACACACACACACACACAUCAUCACUGAUAACACACACACACACACACAUCAUCACUGUUAAACACACACACACACACACACACAAAAAUCCCCUCUCUUUAGGCUGAACAUUUGAAGACAGAGAACCCGACUCAGAGCCAAUGCAACAGUGGAGGGGACCUCGCCCAACUCAUCAGGACCAAUCAGAAGAUCAGAACUACUAGAUUCAACCUACAUCAUUUAUUGUAUAAAAUGUCUGCACACAAUGUUUUCGGGGCUCUCUUCAGAUAGCUCCCUAAGAGUUUGACGAACGAGUCCGUGCACGCGAUUCCAGAUAUCUUUACCUCUGAAUAAACUGCCUUUAUUAUACCAUAUCCACCCUGUCCAAAGUCUCUACUUGGUCUCAGUUCUCCAGUAAACUUGUGAUUAUCAACAGUACACAACGGUAACAAACAAUUGGGGGAACUCACGGGGCAGAUAGUAAGGUCGCAGUGACACAGAAAGCAGUUCAAUGUCGGGGGUACAGAGUCGCUCUCUUACCAGGAUCGAUUUUCCCUGUGACUGUCAGAUCGCGGUCCGCUCUGACCAGGGUGAAGCCGGCCGGCUCCACUUCUCUGUCCGGGACUCUGUCAUCCAGCCAAGUCUCCCAGCUGUAUUGGAUUCCGCUGCCAGCAGCGUUUUCAUUAUUUAGUCCGUUCGUAGCGGGUAUGUACACGAUCAACAAGAUCAGUCCAAAACCCACCACUGGAAAUCCAUGGUUGGCAGAAUGUUUGUAAACUAAGUGUACAAAUUAAAAACAUAAAAUAACGCCACUAAGUGUACAAAUUAAAAACAUAAGAUAACGCCACACUGCAGGUCGCAACAGAGACGCUGCUAGCCGCUAUUUUCUUAGUUACGUUCAUGGUUACGUCACGUAUGACGAAAGCGCGUAAGUGCAAGCCCUCAGACACCCAUAGAGAUUGUAUUGAAAGCUUUGAAAUUUGAAAAAAAUAGAUUUUACAUGAGAGUCUAUGACAGACUUCUGGGCGAUUUUCAACCUGACUGAAAUCGCCCCAAAAACGGGCGGGGCCAUUUGAAGCACGACUUUAGCCUGAUUUGACAUUUAGUGGCAGUCAGAUCAGAUUAGAACACUGAUAACUACUGUUGCGUGAUAUAAUUGAUUAGAAAAAAAAUCCCUUCCUUUUCCCGUUUGGCAGUGCGUCGCCCAUAUCGCCCUAUUGAACACACCGCCCCUGGUAAGGUGACUAGGCAACAGGAUAUAAGAUAAACAGAGUAGCAGCAGCUUGCAGUCAGUAUAAAUGUAUGUGCAUAUUAUGUGUGAGUGAGAAAAUGAUGGAGUGAGUGUGUGUGUGUGUGUGUGUGUUGGAGUGACAGUGUGUGUGAGUGUGUAGGGCCCUGUGAGUGUGUAGGGCCCUGUGAGUGUGCAUAGAGAGUGCAAAUACUGAAAUAAAAGGUCAAUAAAGCUACAAGGUAAACUCGGUCCAUGUAGCUAUUUUGUUAGCUUUUUAUCAGUCGUAUAGCUUGGGGAUAGAAGCUGUUGGUGUCAAACUUGAUACACCGGUACCUCUUGCUGUGCUGCAGCAGAGACAAUAGUCUAUGGCUUGGGAGGUUGGGGUCUUUGACGGUUUUCCGGGCCUUCUUUUCACACUGCCUGAUAUAGAGGUCCUGGAUGGCAGGGAGCUUGGCCCCAGUGAUGUACUGGGCUGUCCGCACCACCCUCUGUAGCGCCAUGCAAUCGAGGGCGGUGCUAUUGCCAUACCAAGCAGUGAUGCAGCCAGUCAAUAUGCUCUCAAUGGUACAGCUGUAGAACCUUUUCAGGAUUUGAGGGCCCAUGCCAAACUUGUUCAACCUCCUGAGGGGGAAAAAAGGCGCUGUUGAGCCUUCAUGACUGUGCGUGUUUGGACCAUUUUAAGUAUUUCGUUUGGACACCGAGGAACUUGAAGCUGUCUACCUGCUCCACUGCCGCCCCCCCUUCUCCUGUAGUCCAUGAUCAGCUCCUUGGUCUUGCUGACGUUGAGGGAGAGGUUGUUGCUCCGGCACCACACUGUCAGGUCACUGACCUCCUCCCUGUAGGCUGACUCAUCUUCACCGGUGAUCAGGCCUACCACUGUCAUGCCGUCAGCGAACUUGAUAAUGGUGUUGGAGUCGUGCGUGGCCACACAGUCGUGGGUGAACAGGGAGUACAGUAGGGGACUAAGCACACAACCCUGUGGGGCCCCUGUGUUAAGGGUCAGCGUGGUGGAGGUGAUGUUUCCUACCCUCACCACCUGUGGUUGGCCCGUCAGGAAGUUCAGGAUCCAGUUGCAGAGGGAGGUGUUCAGACCCAGAGUCCUAACCUUGGUGACGAGCUUGGAGGGGAUAAUGGUGUUGAACGCUGAGCUGUAGUCAAUGAACAGCAUUCUCACAUAGGUAUUCCUCUUAUCUAGGUGGGUGAGGGCAGUGUGGAGAGCAAUUGAGAUUGCGUCAUCUAUUGAUCUGUUGAGGCAGUAUGCAAAUUAGAGUCGGUCUAGGGUGGCUGGGAUUGUAGAGUUAAUGUGUACCAUAACCAGCCUCUCAAAGCACUUCAUGAGGGUGACAAGCUUGGAGGCGAUAAUGGUGUGUUAAUAGUGUUGAUAGUUAAUAGUUAGCAGUUAAACACGUCCACACAUUACCACCACCACACACACACUGUGUUCCUGUGUUUCUCUCUGAGUGUUUGGUCUGCCUGUAGGGGGUGGCUUCCGAAUGAUGCAAUCCCUGCCAAACGUUACCAGCCUGUCACUGUCCUGCCACCCGCUCUUCUCUCCUCCUCCUCCUCCUCCUCCUCCUCCUCCUCCUCCUCCUCCUCCUCCUCCUUUCCUCCUCUCUUCCCUUAUUGUCUAGGCUCUGGCAUGAUGGUGCACCAUACCAGCCAGCCUCAGCUAUGGGUCUCCCAGUGUGUGUGUUUGAUGAGAAUCCCACCAUGCCUCUCCAGUUCCUGCCUGCUCCAGUUUAGAACAUACAUGCCUCCAGGACAACACCAACACCUGCAUGGACCAAGAGUCCACUGACUGACUGUCCAUGAAAGGAGUGAAUUCAGUGAAAGUAGGGCAAGUAGGGCAAGAACUUUGACAAUCUGUUCAGUUUCUCUUGGAAACUGCAACAGUCUCUUGCUACAGUUUCUCCUGGAGAGGAUGCACUGACAGUGUGCACAUGCAUGAGUUAAUACUUUACUGAUCCAUUGGGAAUUGUGCAUGCAUAUAGGCAUAGUGGAUAGUGCAACUGUAAUAAACAACAAAAUCAUAAAUAUAAACAUGUAAUAACACAGCAAAUAUAUUAGAGCGCAAAUACAUUAAGGCUAGUGCUGGGAACAAUAUAAUACCAAUCAAUACACUGUUUCCUCAUAUGUUGUGUGAAAAUAUGUUUGCCAAUAAGCAACAACAAGAGACAUAGGUUUCUUAGCCAAACACUAGUAAAUAACCACCUACUCAUAGACACUUUUUUUUUUUACAAGAGCUUUUAUGGAAAUACGGGACUUUCACUGGACACUCCCCUCUCAACCUUGGACGUGGAUGUCUGUGUCUCUGAUUGGUCGCUGAGCUUGGCUGACAACACCUGCUUGACUCCAUCUAAAUUGACGACCCGCCCUGGCUCUGGGAAAUAUAGGCAGCAUCCCUGCCGUCCCAGCGCUCACUCUCUCUCUCUCUGCGCUGCCUGCUUGAAUACAGUCCACAGCAGUGUGUGCUACGAGUUACCACAGAGAGCAGACUGGCUGGUUGGACCGUUUCCGAUACAACACUGCAUCAUUGUUUCAGAGCGAAGGGAAGGCAGACUAUACACAGGUCUUCGCAGAUAGUGAGGCAGAAAUGUUGGUGAAAUUUGCAAUCGCGCUGCUGGUUUUGUCAGUUUUGGAGCAAGUGGUGGGAUUGGAUAAUAUUGAUGUUCAUGACAACCCGUCAGAGAAACCGGCGAGCCAGAAAGGCCGUAUGUCUCUGCAGAACACAGGUAAUAAAGAGCACACACACACGCACUCACGCACGCACAGAGAGAAAGAGAGAGAGAGAGAGAGAAUGCAGACUGACUUGGUAUGGGAAGUGGGUCGAUGUUGAAAUGAUGUGGGACACAUUUGCGCGAGCAGUACCGCAUGCUUGUGUGUGCACGUGCUCACCGCGCUGUGGAUUUUAGAGCGAGGAACACGUUCGAUCUCUCUCCCUCUCUCUCUCCCACUCUCUCUCCCUCUCUCUCCCACUCUCUCUCCCUCUCUCUCUCCCACUCUCUCUCCCUCUCUCUCUCCCACUCUCUCUCCCUCUCUCUCUCCCACUCUCUCUCCCUCUCUCUCUCCCACUCUCACUCUGCGUUCUUCAGUUUCUUGACCGAAAUACUGUUUUUUAUCAUGGAUGAGAAUACCUUUUCAGAUGAUCCAGAAAGUGGAUAUGUUGCAAAUACAGGGAUAAAUAAAUUCAAUAUGUUAGUAAACUAUUAAUAGAUAGGCACAAGGUAGGUGAUUAUAUUUAAUAUAUAUGGCAGCGCCUCUAGGUGUGUGUGUGUGUAUGCGCGUGUGUGUGUGUUGGAGUGUGUGUGAUUACGUUUUUUUCCCGGGUAUGCUCAAUGUGAUUGGUUCAAAGUUAGCCAACAUCCAGCUGAUCCAUUGGCAACCAGUAUGCGUUUUGCAUUUAAAUGAAAGAAAUUUGGCAAAAUAACUUAGCCUAUGAGCAGGCUACCACAGAUGAGUGAUUGUCAUGUGGUUGAAAUAGAGCCUAGGCUACACUGUAAUCGGUGGCGACCGUCAUUCAGGGCAGGUGUUUCAGCCUAGCUCAGUGCUUUCUGUGGUGGAGGGGCAGCCAGUGGAAAAUACAGAGUGUAAGGGUUGGUAAUCUUCUCUAGUUACUUCGUGAUUGGCUCAGUGUUCUGUCAAUCAUGGGGACACUACUCACCGCAAAAUCUACAGGUAGAUCUAGAAAGUUCAAGCCCCCUUGGAUUCUGCCAUAGAUUUACAUUAGAAGUGCCCAUACAAGAAGGGUCAAGGUCAUUGGCCACAGAUAAAAUAACGUCAAAUCACGUUAUGCCUACCGUAGCUUUGAUUGGACUGAUCAUGUCAACAUCAUACUUUCAAAAUCGUAGCUAGCAGUCAUCAUUAUGAAUCAAGUCGACAAUCUACUGGCAAAUCCUUUUCAAUCCUUGUCAUAUGAAGAGAAAUUAUAGAUAAAACGUAUCGGUGCUCAUCGGCCAUUGGACAUAAACAUUACACAACUAGUUGGAAAUCGUUAAUUCAACAAUGAGUGGUUGGAAAGCAAUCACUAUUUUGCUUCCGCUGCUAUUCGGUGGAGAGGUUGUGUGGUCCAAGUCUGGGUUUAAGGGUCUCUUUUCCAAGCUUAAAAGGAUAAACAUUCACACGCAACACCAUGGGCCAGAAAAGGUUGAAUACAUUGGCCAUGUUGUCAAUCCAGCAUGACUUCUGCCGCAUUCAAAACAACUGGAAACUCGGAACUGGGAAAUCUCAGACUUCAGUGAGUUCAAGACAACUGGGAACUCUGAAAAAAACUACCUCCGACUGGAAAAAUACAUUUUGAACAGUCAUCCAAUUCAGAAUUCCAAGUCGGGAACUCGGGCCUCUUUCUAGAGCGACCUGAAUAACACUGACGUCAUGAUUUGACCUUGUCUUUUUCCGAGUUCCCAGUUGUCUUGAAAGCACCAUAAAUCCAGAGAAUGCCAGACUUUGAUGACAAAGUUUAAUGACAAAAUUUGCCCACAAGAAGGAACGCCGCACCACCUACCUGUUCAAGUGAGCACAGCACAACGGUGAGUCCAAAAAUAUAUUGUAUGCUGCUGCAUAAAUGAUGUAAUAUGCCAGGGAGAUAUGUAUACUGUAGCUAAGAAAGUAAUACUAAGUGUAUGUUGUGUAGUAAGCUGUUAGUAGCCCAUGUUACUCACCCUAAUAAUUUGAUCCAUUUCACCCUCACAACUUAGCCUACUGUUCUGACUUGGUGGUGCACAUGUAGCCUAAAGCCUGUUUUAGAGAAAUGUCAUCAUCAAAUAUUGUAAAAAUAUUAUAUGCCCCCUUUAUUUAUCCUACGGUUCUGACUUGGUGUACAGGGAGAAUACUAUAAGAACAGCCCAUGUUCUGAAUUAUGUCGCUGUACAUUUCAAAAGUGCUGAACAAACAGUUAUAUUGACUACGUCCGUCUUAGCUCGCUCAUUAAUGUCUUAAUCGAAAUUAUGGAUUGCCUCUUAUCCGCUCGUCGUUCCCUUAUGCCAUAGUUUGUACAUCUCAAUUGUCAGUAGAAACCAAAUUUGUUUAAGCAAGUCAGCCAUAUCAUCUAUGAUUUUUUUAAAGGCAGUAAAUGAGGCUGAAUGAACUGUUUCGCUGCCAGACAAGGCUCCGCUGAUAGCCAGGUGUGGUGGUGGUAAGGAUUCACUCCAUGGUGCUGAAAAGAAAGCUUUGCUGUUGGGACAGCUUUAUGUAGGCCCUAACAGUUUGUGGGCAGCGUUUGUCACCGUUAUAGUGCAAUUCAUGUAUUGUUUAGUGUUGUAUUUUGCAAUGGCUUUGCUGGCAUGCAUCUAAAACCUUUUUUUUUUUUUUUUGCCCCACCAAGAUUUACAUCCUAAAAUCGCCAAUGACUGUAAUGGACAACUGUAAUUUCUAAGGUAAUUUUAGGUAUUAUCAAACGUUUAAAAAAACUCUGAAAUAUUUAACUACACCAUACUGUACAUUAUGGUGCAUUAUGGGAAAAUUGUAUAUUUGUAUAUUUUUGGGGGGGACAUUUUGUAUUUAGAAUAUUACUGUAAUUCCACCCAACAGAAUACAGUGCCUUACUGUAUCUUUGGAGCACCAAAAACCCUUUGACCACUAGUGGGUGCAUGGUGUUGUUGUUUCUGGCUCAUUAACAUAUUUUAAGGCUGCCAUGUAAGAGGCUAUAUUUGUUGCACAUGUGAGUGAGAAUGCUGUACCAAUUUAAGUCCUAUGUGGUUAUAGUGCCCCAUCAAUUUAAAAUGUAUAGGGGCCAGAUUGGAGUGGCAGCAAGUCUUAAACUAAAUGUUUGAGCAUUUUGCCAUGUCCUUUUGGUCUGUUUUGCCCUGUAGUCGCUGCCAGUUUGAAACCCUUUGUUAAGGCCUCUAGAAGUGCAGGUGAUAUAAAACACAAAAUAUUCAUGAAUAUGCUGUAAUGUGAAAACACCAAGCUGCUUGCACCAAUCCCUUGUAAUUACAGUAACAUACUGUGAAAUACAAACCCCUCCCCUCAAUGAAUUUAAUUCAUCCAUUCAUUAAUUCAUUCAGAUUAUGGUAGCAUUGACUAUUUUACAUUAUAAACCGGGUUGUUCAAGCCCUGAAUCCUGAUUGUCUGACAGUAUGACAAAACAUUUAUUUUUACUGCUCUAAUUACGUUGGUAACCAGUUUAUAAUAGCAAUAAGGCACCUCUGUGGUUUGUGGUAUAUGGCCAAUAUACCACGGCUAAGGGCUGUAUCCAGGCACACCGCUUUGCGUCGUGCAUAAGAACAGCCCUUAGCCAUGGUAUAUUGGCCAUAUAGCACACCCCUCAGGCCUUAUUACUUAAGUAUAAUACAGUACAUUUUACGCUAUUGUAAUAUGAAAUACAGAAUUUUACUCGCCACUGAGCUGCCUGUAAGAUACUGUGAAAUUCAUGGAAACCCCUUUAAGGCUCGCACACAUCGCACUGAACGUGGAACUAGUGUUCAUCUGCCGAAAAUUCAGCGCGCUGUGUUUUAGGGACCUCCCGCUGCAGACGUCUGACUGCCGACAUUUUUCACACGAUUCUACAUGUAAAAUCGGUUCGCAAAUUACGUUCCGAGAUGUUAAGUACUCUCGUCCAGCAAAGCUAUUGGUGUCUGAGCCCUGACAGUGUACUCCAGGCUUUAACUGUUGAUUGUUAGGCUCCUACAAAGCAUGCUGAUAGGGAAUGAUGCAAUCGCCUCACGCAGGGCUGUUGUUUCAGCAUUCUUAACAGGAAUCCUAUUCCCUUAGGAAAGGCCUACAGUCUAUUUACAAUAACCAAUAUUAUGAAAUACUUAUCUCCAUUAAUCAAUUCAUGUAAUCAAUAUAAAACUCAUGAGAAUGUAAGGGUUUUAAUCCUUGUAGUUGCAGGGACAGCUCCGAUGCAGCUCUGCACAGUAGAGUCCCUCAGUCAGUCAGAGUCCCACACCACUGUGUAAUUCAAUGCACGUUGCGGCCAGCUCGUUCGAUCCAGACACAUUCCCGUGUAAACGCCAACACAAGCACUCGCUGCCGACAGCGGCUCACUUUUCCUGCAGCGCACCAAAGUUCAACCCAGUGCCUACAUACCUUACCCCCCCCCCCCCCCCCCCUCUCUCUCCCUCCCUCUCUCUCUCUCUCUCUCUCUCUCUCUCUCUCUCUCUCUCUCUCUCUCUCUCUCUCUCUCCUCUCUCUCUCUCUCUCUCUCUCUCUCUCUCUCUCUCUCUCUCUCUCUCUCUCUCUCUCUCUCUCUCUGCCUCUCUCUCUCUCUCUCUCUCUGCCUCUCGCUCUCUCUCUCACAAACACACACACAGACACACACCUCUCCCCCCAACAGAGCAGUCCUUGUUGACAAGCAUCAUUUCUCAAAUAAGUCUACUGCGUUCAUUCGUUAUUUACUCUGACCGCUCGUGAGAUUAAUCUGCCUAGGCUAUCAAAUAUCACACUUAUAGUGAUCCGGUGUUGAAAUGCUAUAGGUAUAUUAAUGCAUAUCUCCAACUAAGACAUACUGUAUAUCCAAGACUCUGUAUAUCCUACGACGUCUAAAGCCAUUUUUUUUUCUCAUUCUGACCCUUUCUCAACGGCCCAUAUUGAUGUAGUUAGUGAUUCUAUCCCAUGUGGACAGUGACUGGAGGAGAGGAGAGGGAGAUGCAGAACCUUUCAGCUCUCAACUGAUGGGGACUCACUCUCUCUGUGGGUCUUGAAGACUGAUUACAGAAGUUAUUAAAAUAAAUGUUUUGAACCUGUAGAGUCCAAAAUAAACACUUAUAAUAGACCUACAGUAUGUGUAGCCUAACACAGUGUGUCAUAUACACUAUACAUUACACAACCCUUUACAGAAACGGAAAAUGGCUGCUUUUCUCCUUUGGGAAGGCCUCUCUAAAUAUCCUACCAUUUGGGGUUAACAGGCAGACUUUUCCCUCUCUCCUGGUCAUUUCAUUUCGGUCCACUAUCAUUUGUUUUAUUCCUGUCCUCCUUGGCUUCCACCCGCCAGGCGUUGUAUAAAGUUGUAUAACAUUGACAUUUUAGUAAUUUAGCAGACACUCUUAUCCAGAGUGACUUACAUUAGUGAGUACAUACAUUUUCAUACUUUGUCUUUCAUACUGGCCCCCUGUGGGAAUCGAACCUCUACCAACUGAGUUACACGGACAGCGAGAGGCCCAAGGGUGGUGCCAACUGCCACCCUAUUACAGACCUGGAAUGGACUGUUACAAACAGUGCCUUCGGAAAGGUUUCAGACCCCUUGCCUUUUUCCACAUUUUGUUACAUUACAGCCUUAUUCUAAAAUUGAUUAAAUAAAUACAAAUACUGAGCAAUCUACACACAAUACCCCAUAAUGACAAAGUGAAAACAGGUUUUUAGAAAUGUUUGCCAAUUUAUUAAAAAUUAAAAACAGAAAUACCUUAUUUACAUAAGUAUUCAGGACCCUUUGCUAUGACACUCGAAAUUGAGCUCAUUGAUCAUCCUUGAGAUGUUUCUACAACUUGAUUGGAGUCCACCUGUGGUAAAUUCAAUUGAUUGGACAUGAUUUGGAAAGGCACACCUGUCUAUAUAAGGUCCCACAGUUGACAGUGCAUGUCAGAGCAAAAACCAAGCCAUGAGGUCGAAGGAAUUGUCCGUAGAGCUCCGAGACAGGAUUGUGUCGAGGCACAGAUCUGGGGAAGGGUACCAAAAAAUGUCUGCAGCAUUGAAGAUCACCAAGAACACAGUGGCCUCCAUCAUUCUUAAAUGGAAGAAGUUUGGAACCACCAAGACUCUUCCUAGAGCUGGCCACUUGGCCAAACUGAGCAAUCGGGGGAGAAGGGCCUUGGUCAGGGAGGUGACCAAGAACCCGAUGGUCACUGACAGAGCUCUAGAGUUCCUCUGUAGAGAUGGGAGAACCUUACAGAAGGACAACCAUCUCUGCAGCACUCCACCAAUCAGGCCUUUAUGGUAGAGUGGCCAGACGGAAGCCACUCCUCAGUAAAAAGGCACGUUACAGCCCGCUUGGAGUUUGCCAAAAGGCACCUAAAGGACUCUCAGACCAUGAGAAACAAGAUUCUCUGGUCUGAUGAAACCAAGAUUCAACUCUAUGGCCUGAAUGCCAACCGUCACGUCUGAAGGAAACCUGACACCAUCCCUACAGUAAAGCAUGGUGGUGGCAGCAUCAUGCUGUGGGGAUGUUUUUCAGCGGCAGGGACUGGGAGACUAGUCUGGAUCGAGGCAAAGUUGAACGGAGCAAAGUACAGAGAGAUCCUUGAUGAAAACCUGCUCCAACAGACCCGGGUUCGAUCCCAGGCUGGGUCAAAGCCGGCCGUGACCGGGAGACCAAUGAGGCGGCACCGCACAAUUGGCCCAGCGUUGUCCGGGUUAGGGGAGGGUUUGGCCGGCCGGGAUUUCCAUGUCCCAUCGCGCUCUAGCGACUCCUUGUGGCGGGCUGGGAGCCUGCAAGCUCACUUCGGUCGUCAACUGGAAGGUGUUUCGUCCGACACAUUGGUGCGGCUGGGUUAAGCGAGCAGUGUGUCAAGAAGCAGUGCGGCUUGGCAGGGUCGUGUUUCGGAGGACGCAUGGCUCUCGACCUUCGCCUCUCCCGAGUCCACAGGGGAGUUGCAGCGAUGGGACAAGACUUUAACAACCAACUGGAUAUCACAAAAUUGGGGAGAAAAGGAGGUAAAGUAAAAAAUAAAAAAUAAAAAAUACCUGCUCCAGAGCACUCAGGACCUCAGACUGGGGCGAAGGUUCACCUUCCAACAGGACAACGACCCUAAGCACACAGCCAAGACAACGCAGGAGUGGCUUCGGGACAAGUCUAUGAAUGUCCUUGAGUGGACCAGCCAGAGCCCGGGCUUGAACACAAUCGAACAUCUCUGGAGAGACCUGAAAAUAGCUGUGCAGCAACGCUCCCCAUCCAACCAGACAGAGCUUGAGAGGAUCUGCAGAGAAGAAUAGGAGAAACUCCCCAAAUACAGGUGUGCCAAGCUUGUAGUGUCAUACCCAAGAAGACUCGAGGCCGUAAUUGCUGGCAAAGGUGCUUCAACAAAGUACUGAGUAAAGGGUCUGAAUACUUAUAUAAAAUAAAAAAAUAAAAAAUAAAAAUUAUGUAAAUGUCAUAUAUCCGGGUUUUUUUUAAAUUUAUAAAUUAGCAAAAAUGUAUAAAACCUGUUUUUGCUUUGUCAUUAUGGGGUAUAGUGUGUAAAUUGAUGGCCAACAUAAAAUAUAUAUAUAUAUUUUAGAAUAAGGCUGUAACCUAACAAAAUGUGAAAAAGUCAAGGGGUCUGAAUACUUUCCGAAGGCACUGUAUAUCUUCUCUUCUGUAUAUUUGGAUACUCGAUUUCAAUGUAAACAUCAACCACUGGUCUUACCAGAGACAUUUGAUAUGUCCCAAAUAUAGUGCACUAUCUACACUACCAGUCAAAAGUUUGGACACACCUACUCAUUCAAGGGUUUUUCUUUAUUUUUUACAAUUCUUUACAUUGUAGAAUAAUAGUGGACAUCAAAACUAUGAAAUAACACAUAUGGAAUCAUGUAAUAUAUUUUAUAUUUGAGAUAUAAAAUGCAUUUCAGUUAACAGGUGUACCUUCUUAAAAGUUAAUUUGUGGAAUUUAUUUCCUUUUUAAUGCGUUUGAGCCAAUCAGUUGUGUUGUGACAAGGUAGUGGGGUAUACAGAAGAUAGCCCUAUUUCGUGAAAGACCAAGUCCAUAUUAUGGCAAGAACAGCUCAAAUAAGCAAAGAGAAACGACAGUCCAUCAUUACUUUGAGACAUGAAGGUCAGUCAAUACAGAACAUUUCAAGAACUUUGAAAGUUUCUUCAAGUGCAGUCGCAAAAACCAUCAAGCCUAUGAUGAAACUGGCUCUCAUGAGGACCGCCACAGGAAUGGAAGACCCAUAGUUACCUCUGCUGCAGAGGAUAAGUUCAUUAGCAUUACCAGCCUCAGAAAUUGCAGCCCAAAUAAAUGCUUCACAGAGUUCAAUAACAGACACAUCUCAACAUCAACUGUUCAGAGGAGACUGCGUGAAUAAGGUCAUCAUGGUCGAAUUACUGCAAAGAAACCACUACUAAAAGACACCAAUAAGAACAGACUUGCUUGGGCCAAGAAACAUUUGUCCUUUGGUCUGGAGUCCAAAUUGAAGAUUUUUGGUACAAACCGCCGUGUCUUUGUGAGACGCGGUGCGGGUGAACGGAUGAUCUUCGCAUGUGUAUUUCCCACCAUAAAGCAUGGAGGAGGAGGUGUUAUGGUGUGGGGGUGCUUUGCUGGUGACACUGUCUGUGAUUUAUUUAGAAUUCAAGGCACACUUAACCAGCAUGGCUACCACAGCAUUCUGCAGCGAUACGCCAUCCUAUCUGGUUUGGGCUUAGAGGGACUAUCGUUUGUUUUUCAACAGGACAAUGCCCCAACACACCUCCAGGUUGUGUAAGGGCUAUUUUACCAAGAAGGAGAGUGAUGGAGUGCUGCAUCAGAUGACCUGGCCUCCACAAUCCUCCGACCUCAACCCAAAUGAGAUGGACAGCAGAGUGAAGGAAAAGCAGCCAACAAGUGCUCAGCAUAUGUGGGAACUCCUUCAAGACUGUUGGAAAAGCAUUCCAGGUGAAGGUGGUUGAGAGAAUGCCAAGAGUGUGCAAAGCCAUCAUCAAGUCAAAGGGUGGCUAUUUGAAUAAUCUCAAAUCUAAAAUACAUUUAGAUUUGUUUAACACUUUUUUGGUUACUACAUGAUUCCAUAUGUGUUAUUUCAUAGUUUUUAUGUCUUCACUAUUAUUCUACAAUGUAAAAAAUAUAGUAAAAAUAAAGAAAAACCCUUGAAUGAGUAGGUGUGUCCAAACUUUUGACCGGUAGUGUAGGGAAUAGGGUGCCAUUUGGGACAGGGCCACUGACCUGCGCGUCCAGUCCAUCUCCCCACAGCAGCCCGGCCAGGCAGCCACUUAAAAAGAUCCUGUGAAAAGUAGACAGGGGUCAAAUAUGUAUACUGGCAACACAGACAGGAAAUACUAAUUAUAUAUAAACUAAUACACAGUCACUCUCAUCUACAUGAUAGUUUAAUACCAGGAAAACUGACACCUGUUGACUUCAACUCAGUAAAAGCACAAUAGAAAUAACUUCUGCGUUUGUAUUUUCUCUUCUAGUACCCAACGCUGUAUCUGUAUCUGCAGUGCAGCAUCCCCUCCUAUCCUCACGCCAGGCAAUGCAGAUGUAUUUUGACGCAGAAUGACACAGUAAUAAUCUCUCUGUCACCCUGCAUUCAUCUGCAUUCGUCUCUCUGUGGAGAGAAGAGGAGAGAUGUUGUUUUCUUAUCUCUGGCGCCGAAGCCUGGAGGCUGGUUUAGUAUUCAUCUACUACACUGACAGUAGAAAGAAUGUGCAUCCCAAAUGGCACCCUAUUUCCUAUAUAGUGCAUUACUUUUUAUCAGGGUCCACAUAGGAGCCAGUCUCUCUGCCAGGGGAAUUCAAAUCCCAGCCUGGACGUCCAGACCAAAGUACCCUUUUCUUUUCUCCCUAACUGAAUUAUUCAUGUUACUGAUUGGCCAGAGAGUAACCUGGUGGGAAACGAUGAAAUCCUGAAAUACUUUUUUUGUAAUAAAUGUUUUUGUUUAUUACACAUGGGGGACACACACACACACACACACACACACACAAUACUGACCCAAGGUGGUUUCUAUUUGAGAAAAGGAGCCUAGAACCUUAGGUUAGAAGGUUAAAAAGAAGAUAACAAGGAAAUAAGAGCUCUGAGACAACAAGGCAAUAACAGCUUAGAGACAACAAGGAAAUAACAGUUUAGAGACAACAAGGAAAUAACAGUUUAGAGACAACAAGGAAAUAACAGCUUAGAGACAACAAGGAAAUAACAGCUUAGAGACAACAAGGAAAUAACAGCUUAGAGACAACAAGGAAAUAACAGUUUAGAGACAACAAGGAAAUAACAGCUUAGAGACAACAAGGAAAUAACAGUUUAGAGACAACAAGGAAAUAACAGCUUAGAGACAACAAGGAAAUAACAGUUUAGAGACAACAAGGAAAUAACAGCUUAGAGACAACAAGGAAAUAACAGUUUAGAGACAACAAGGAAAUAAAAGCUUAGAGACAACAAGGAAAUAACAGUUUAGAGACAACAAGGAAAUAACAGCUUAGAGACUAUGCUUAAGACCAUGGCCUGUAUCACUACAUGUAAUGGGGAUACAGGUUGAUGCUUGAUAGUAGACUGUAACUGUCAGUGACAACUCUCUCUCUCGCCGUCUCUCUCUCCAUCUUUCUCUUUAUCUCUCUCUCCAUCUCUCUCUCUCCAUCCAGCUGAGAUACAGCACUGUCUGGUGAGUGCAGGAGACGUGGGCUGCGGUGUGUUUGAAUGUUUUGAGAACAACUCCUGUGAGAUCAGAGGCCUGCAGGAGAUCUGUCUGACCUUCCUACACAAUGCCGGAAAGUUCGAUUCCCAGGUAAAACACUGCGUGUGUGUGUGUAUGUGUGUUUAAGUCUACAUGUGUAUUUAUUUCACCUUUAUUUAACCAGGUAAGCCAGUUGAGAACAAGUUCUCAUUUACAACUGCGACCUGGCAUGUGUACAUGCAUGUAAGUUAGUGCACACAUGGAUUUAUUGAGUGUGUUUGCAUCUGGAGCCAACAUGUGCGUAUGUGUGUGUGUGUGUCUGUGUGUGUGUGUGUGUGUGUGUGUGUGUGUCUGUGUGUGUGUGUGUGUGUGUGUGUGUGGGUGUGUGUGUCUGUGUGUAUGUGUGUGUGUGUGUGUGUGUGUGUGUGUGUGUGUGUGUGUGUGUGUGUGUGUGUGUGUGUGCGUGCGUGCGUGCGUGCGUGCGUGUAUGCCCCAGUCCCCUUUCCUCUCCCAUGGAGGUCAGGUCUGUGUAUCAGAGCAGAGGGCUCCAGGCAGCUGGCACCAUUCCCAGCCAGAUCCCCUUUCAGACAGGUAGAACAGGCUCUGUCCAGACCCCUUGAUUUUUCCACAUUUUGAUACGUUACAGCCUUAUUCUAAAAUUGAUUAAAUAAUUUACCCCCUCAUCAAUCUGCACACAAUACCCCAUAAUGACAAAGCGAAAACAGGUUUUUAGAAAUGUUUGCCAAAUUAUAAAAAAUUCAAUUGAUUGGACAUGAUUUGGAAAGGCACACACCUGUCUAUAUAAGGUCCCACAGUUGACAGUGCAUGUCAGAGCAAAAACCAAGCCAUGAGGUCGAAGGAAUUGUCCGGAGAGCUCUGAGACAGGAUUGUGUCGAGGCACAGAUCUGGGGAAGGGUACCAAAAAAUGUCUGCAGCAUUGUAGGUCCCCAAGAACACAGUGCCCUCCAUCAUUCUUAAAUGGAAGAAGUUUGGAACCACCAAGACUCUUCCUAGAGCUGGCCACUCGGCCAAACUGAGCAAUCGGGGGAGAAGGGCCUUAGUUAGGGAGGUGACCAAGAACCCGAUGGUCACUCUGACAGCGCUCCAGAGUUCCUCUGUGGUGAUGGGAGAACCUUCCAGAAGGACAACCAUCUCUGCAGCACUCCACCAAUCAGGCCUUUAUGGUAGAGUGGCCAGACGGAAGCCACUCCUCAGUAAAAGGCACAUGACAGCCCGCUUGGAGUUUGCCAAAAGGCACCUAAAGACUCUCAGACCAUGAGAAAUAACAUUCUCUGGUCUGAUAAAACCAAGAUUGAACUCUUUGGCCUGAAUGUCAAGCUUCAUGUCUGGAGGAAACCUGGCACCAUCCCUGCGGUGAAGCAUGGUGGUGGCAGUAUCAUGCUGUGGGGAUGUUUUUCAGUGGCAGGGACUGGGAGACUAGUCAGGGUCGAGGGAAAGAUGAACGGAGCAAAGUACAGAGCGAUCCUUGAUGAAAACCUGCUCCAGAGCGCUCUGGACCUCAGACUGGGGCGAAGGUUCACCUUCCAACAAGACAACGACCCUAAGCACACAGCCAAGACAACGCAGGAGUGGCUUCAGGACAAGUCUCUGAAUGUCUUUGAGUGGCCCAGCCAGAGCCCGGACUUGAACACGAUCGAACAUCUCUGGAGAGACCUGAAAAUAGCUGUGCAGCAACGCUCCCCAUCCAACCUGACAGACCUUGACAGGAUCUGCAGAGAAUAACUCCACAAAUACAGGUGUGCCAAGCUUGUAGCAUCAUACCCAAGAAGAGUUGAGGCUGUAAUCGCUGCCCAAGGUGCUUCAACAAAGUACUGAGUAAAGGGUCGUUUUUUAUAUUUUUAUAAAUUGGCAAUUAUGGGGUAUUGUGUGUAGAUUGAUAAGGUUAAAAAAAACAAUUGAAUCCAUUUUAGAAUAAGGCUGUAAUCUAACAAAAUGUGGAAAAAGUCAAGGGGUCUGAAUACUUUCCGAAGGCACUGUAUGUUCAGGGGUUAGCAGGUUUAGCAGGUUCACCACAAUCAACCAAUCCAAUAAUCCCCAGUUUCUAAUUGGUCCAUUCAACCUGCAAUUAUUCCCCAGGUCAUUGCUGUAAAAGCGAACGUGUUCUCAGUCAAUUUACCUGGUAAAAUAAAAGUUAAAUACAAUCAUUAAUGGUUGAGUGUUCUAUAUGACUGUGUUUAGGGUUAGGGUUGAGUGUUCUAUAUCUACUGUGUGUGUUUAGGGUAAGGGUUAGGGUUGAGUGUUCUAUAUCUACUGUGUGUGUUUAGGGUAAGGGUUAGUGUUGAGUGUUCUAUAUCUACUGUGUGUGUUUAGGGUAAGGGUUAGUGUUGAGUGUUCUAUAUCUACUGUGUGUGUUUAGGGUAAGUCGUUCAUCAAGGAUGCUUUGAAGUGCAUGGCCCACGGCCUGAGACACAAGUUCAGCUGCAUCAGCAGGAAGUGCCUGGCCAUUAAAGAGAUGGUGUUCCAGCUGCAGAGAGAGUGCUACCUCAGACACAACCUGUGUUCUGCAGCCAAGGAGAACGUUGCUGUCAUGGUGGAGAUGAUCCACUUCCAGGACCUCUUCCCUAAAGGGUGAGGAUGGUGGUAUUCAUCAGUGUCUUUCUCUAUCUCUCUCCGUCUCAUCCCUUCUUCUCUCCCUAAAGGGUGAGGAGGACUAUGUCUCUCUUUCUCUCUGACCCGUUGUCUGUCUCUUCCUCUCUGCUUCAUUCUCUCUGCCUUCCUCUACCUCUUCUCUCUCUUCCCCCAUUAACUAGAAGGUAAACCACCCAUAUCAAGCUGUGGAUGUCCAGCCCUAUAUUCAUAUAAUAGUAUAAUAAUCUCUGUCUCUGCCUCUGCAGGCCGUAUGUGGAGCUGGUCAACAUCCUACUGAGUUGUGGGGAGGAGGUGAAGGAGGCCUUAACCAGGAGUGUCCGGCUGCAGUGUGAGCAGAACUGGGGGGCUCUCUGUGACAGCCUGAGUGUCUGCUCUUCCCUCACCCCCCCUCCCGGGCAGGCUUCCCCCGACCACCGCCGCCACGGGUCCCCCCACUCUGAGCCAGACCACCCCCGACCCCCCCGACAGGGGGACAAGUCCAGUAAAGGAGGCUUCAAUGCCCAUCCCCGUAGCCGCAGCCAGGGUCCCCGCCGACAGAGCCCCGAGGCUGGGGUGGUGGCGGAGCAAGAAGACCCUGAGGCCACAGACAUCCGGAGGUGAAAGAGACAUUGGACCCUAACUAUCCUGAUCCCCAUCCCCCCCCCCCCCACACACACACACACAUACAAAGACACACACAGACAGAUACAUGCAAAAACACACAUACACGCACAUCUACACACACACAGAGACUCGCUCUCUCUCUCCCGCUCCUCUCCAGUCAUUCCAGCAGUCCCAAAUGGUAAAUCUGCAGGGUAACAUGGUGUAGCUCAUUCAGUUACUCCAGAUUGUAGUCCACCGAUGUUGUUUCUGUUUAUUAUAAGUAUUAUUAUCAUGAUUAUUAUUUUGUGUUAGGACUUUAUUGGGCUCUAAUAUAGCGUUUCUCAAAUCGUACUCACUGUAAGAUUUGAUUAUAUUUGUAUUAUUUAUUUUAUUGUUUAUGCAAUGUUUAAAUAUCCAAAUGUACAUAGAAAUAUACUUAUCUAUAUUUAUACAGUAUGAACAUGUAUAAAUAUAGUCACCAUAUGCAGUACUGAUGUACUAUAAUAUUAUAGUACAUGGUGUGUUCUGUUGUAUACCUCACCACCACCCAUCACCACCCAUCGAUCUAUAGAUAUGUAACAUACAGCUGUUGUUUCAAAGUGGGAAUGUGUUGUUAGUAUUAUAAUUCUAGAUACUUGAUGAUUAAAUACAAACUGUACAGGUUUUGAAGUCCAGUUCUGGCACAUAUGACUUGUAGUGGAUACAAAAAAAAUAAUGUAUGCACUCACUAACUGUAAGUGGCUCUGGAUAAGAGUGUCUGCUAAAUGACUCAAAUGUAAAGAAAUGUAGUGCAUGAUGAUAGGUUACCAAAGUAAACAAACUGGUACGUUCUGUAAUGGCCAGCUUCCAUCGUUAGGGUUCUUACUAUUAGGGCGCCCAGGACACAGCGUCUGUCUGUAGCAGCACAUUCAUAGUGUCUCAAAUAGCACCCUAUUCCCUACAGAGUGCACUGCUUUUGACCAGGGCCGUAUGGGCCAAUUGGGAUGCAGACAUAGCUUAGGGUUAGUUCUCUCAGAAACCCCUCCUCUGAUCUCAGCUAAUGUGCAACCCCCAUGCAUCCAGGUGCCUCAACAUGCUGGUUCCAUCUGUAGUGACUCCUCUCUGUGAGGCUGAGGUUUACUAGAGUGCACUCGACUGGGGUGACAAUGUCGUACAGCAAGUAGCACUAGGAAGAUUCAAAGGAGAUUUUCAAUUGACUCGGUUUAAAGAUUAAUUAUUUAAACUUUUAUUGGACUCAAAAGGUACAAAUGUUUCUGUUGUGGGAACGGACUCGCAUUCAGUCCUACAGACACGCUACAGACAGACAGUAGCACCCCAGUAAAUGCAUCUCACUAAGCAUCAGUAGUAUGAUUGAUUAGUAGGAUUGACAGGUGUGUUACAGAGCGCUGUACAGUUGAAGCCUUCUCCAGACUCACCACUCUAACUGAAGCCAGUCUGUACCCUAACGUGACACCACAAGACUAUGAAAGCCCACUGAGCUAAACGCCUAGGCAUUAGCCCAGGGAGAUAACACAAAUAUUGAGGUUUCUGCGGUCAAAAUGUUGCAUGCAAUCAAGUAACCAAGAGCAGUCAAUCAACAGUGUCUUCCUGUAUAACCCCCAGGUCAGACCAGGGGAGGUAGAGGAAGAGGAGGAGGUAGAGGAGGACGUAUGA